AUGCCUCGCCUCCAAUCCCGCCAGAUAUUCCAACCCUCCUGCCCCAGCGGGGGCACAUGGUACUCGUGCGGCGGCGGCUCCAAAUUCGUCGGCUGCUGCACGCGCGACCCGUGCAACAGCGUGGGCUGCGCCGACGGCAACCUGCGCGCCGCGAGCUUCAACACCGACUACUACGGCAACUUCUCGGACGCCGUGUGCCCCAGCAACAGCCAGUUCUACACCUGCACCGCCACCGAUCCGCCGUUCCUGGGCUGUUGCAAGCAGAAUGCCUGCCGCGCCGACGGCAACGCGGGCUGCCCGCAGGCCGACCUGACCGCCGCUUCCCUUCCUGACAACGCCGCCCAAGCAAGCGCAUACAGCCCCACCGGCGGGCCUUCCUCAACUUCCAGCGCGACCUCAGCCCCCUCCUCUUCCUCCUCUUCCUCGACAGCCGGCAUCGUCGGCGGCGUCAUCGGCGCCGUCGCCGUCCUCCUCAUCGUCAUAGGCGCCCUCCUCUGGCGGCGGCGCCAACAACGCAAGAAGAAAGCCGCAGCCGCGGGCGGCACCAACACGAUCAACGAGGCCGACGGCCGACCCAUCUCGGAGAUGGGCGGGGUAGGCGUCAUGGGUAGCGGCAGCGGCAAACCGCCGCGCUACUCAUCCCUCACGAACCCAGGCUCGCCCAACCCCUACGCCAUGGAGCUCGACGGCUUCCCGCGCAAGGCGCCGCACGAGCAGCAGACGCCAUCAGAACUGGCCAGCGGCGACGACCACCAGCUGCACGCAGAACUGCCCGGCGACGAGAGCGGCGGUGCGGUCGUGCUGCACGAGCUCGAGGGUUCGUCGCCCGGGACGACCUUUACCGGGGGCACGCCGGCGACGGUGUCAACGGGAUCACCGUCAUCCAAGAAGGCGUCGCACAGUCGGGGGAGUAGCUGGAGCUCGUUCGUUGAGCGGAGGGCGGCGAGGAGGGCGUCGGGAGGUGGUGGUGGUGGAGGAAAUACGACAGGGCCGACGGGGCUGGCGAUACAAGGGCUGCAUCCGUAUUCGCAGGUCGGGCGGGGGAACAACAACGGGGGCAGUCCGCGGUCGUCGCCGCGGUCGCCGAGUUUUCCUCACAGAGAGGGAGGUGACGAUGCGGGGUCGGAGUCGGGCGUCAGUUCGUUGCCGAGCACGCCGCGCAGCGCGUACGGCUACGGGCCGAGCGCGGGGACCAUGGGAGGCUACUCGGACGUGAGUAGGUUGAGUCCGACGUAUCCGCCGCCGAUAAGGGAGGAGGAGAGGUAUCGGGAUCGCGACGACGACGAUGGCGAUGUUAGCGAUGGAAAUAGGAAUGAGAGGAGAUGA